AUGACCAACCCCUUACAGUCAAUCAGUGACUCGGUCAAAAAUUCAUCAUCGCAAAACCCUCUCGAUAACCCUUCCGACCAAAACCCCACACAAUCCCAACAAACACAACAACCACACCUUCCCUUGACUUCAGACGCCUCCACACCCGGGCCGAAGAGAACCCUCACUUCCAACGUCCCACCCGCUCCAUCAAAAGCCCCAGCGCUCAAGUCCACCGAAGGACGUGCACAACCCCAAACGCAACCCAAACAAUCCAGCGGGAAAAACUCGACGCUUUCAUCGAAAGGGACAACCUCCCAAAUGACGAAAACCGCCUCAGCCCUGUGCAAAGAAGUCGGCUCGACGGGCGUGGGGUCACAAGAACCACAAUGCGUUGCGAUAGUCGACCCAAGCGCAACGAAGGCGAAAGCAACGGAAAUGCUACUAGCGAAAGCCAUCAAAGCCCAAGAACAGGGCAACAAAGAGAGAGCUGACCGAUUUUUCUCAAUGCACGACACCCUAUUGAAAGAAGACUCGAGAAUCGUUUCCCAAAACGCGGAUGAGAUUCAAGUGAUCGCAAGCCUUCCGGUAAUCCCCCAGAAGAGGCCUUCAGCUUCCGGGGGACCCACAGAAUCUAACGGCAUCAAGUUCCUCUGGGAGAGGUCGAACUCCCAUGACGACGGGGGCUUCACCCCUUACUUCCACAAGAAUAUCAGCGAGCUGAAAGGACCAAUCCCCCUUACCAUUUUCAACCGGAAGUGGCAGGAAGAAGCACUCAGUUACCACUCAAGGAACCGGGCCAAAACAGACAAGACGGCAGCAGAGAAAGGUCUUCGCUACCACGGUCUCGCCGUCCCCGACAAAUGGCUACAGUCAUUCUCAGACUGGACGUUGAAUCACAGAUGUUUCCACGACACGAUGAAAGACCGCUACAACUUCCCGGUUCUAGCGGUGUAA